GCUCCGAUAGAACAUUACGUGUUGUCGUUAAUGUUCUAAAUCUCAAAACCAAAACCAGGCCAAGAUCAAUUUUUUUGAGUGAUCUAGCGUGAGCAGGUUUAAUCAGAAAAAGGAAAACGCACCUAAGCUGCAAACCAUUGUCGAAAACAAAACAUAAAAUGGACGACAACGAUUGGGCAAUCUCUGGGCUUAAGCCUAACAGCAUAUCGACCAAGCAAAACCACUUUGACGACAUCUUUGCUCACGUGCGCUCGUUCGGCAGCUACCAGAGAACGCUUUGGGUGGUGUUCUAUUUCCUCAUGUUCCCAGUCUGUGGGCAGUUCGUCUCUGUCGUGUUCGCAUUCGGGACACCCCGGUUCCACUGUGCCACGCCCAACCUCACUUGCUCUCCAAAUACGUGCUGCAACAACUGCACGGAAUACGAGUUUGAUGGACCGAUGAGAACUACGGUAUCUGAGUGGAAUCUUAUUUGUGACCGCGCGUACCUGGGCGCUACUCUGCAGUCCUGCUUCUUCGCGGGCAUGCUGAUCGGCUCUCUGGUCAGCGGUUUAAUCUCGGAUGCCUGGGGCCGAAAGAAGUGUUUCUAUCUCUCAUACGCCCUCAUGGUCGUAGCGGGUGUUUCGUGCGUUUUUGUCGACUGCAUCUCCUUCUUCGCCUUCCUUCGUUUUGUCGUCGGAGCUGGCACGGCUGGGGCUAUGUUAUCAAGAUACGUACUUAUCUGCGAGUUUGUGGGUCCAAAAACUCGUACUCUCAUUGCUAUCUACGGGGGUUUUACAUGGAUGACUACGGAAUUGGUGAAUUAUGCAGUAGCUUUCCUUGUUCGGGACUGGAAAAUGUUACUUUUGAUUUACACAGCUCCUGGUGUACUGGCGAUUUUCCUUUGGAGAUGGAUCCCCGAGUCCCCUCGCUGGCUGCUUGCCCAUGGCUACGUGGACGGGGCGCAUUCCGUCAUCAUGAAGUACGGGCCCAAGAAAGGAAAAGAAUCCGUGGACUCGGCUGCUCUGAGUGACUUAAUACAGAGCACCCGCCAAGAUCAGAUAAAGGAAGAGAAAGAGUCAAAGAAAUAUACUCCCCUUGAUAUGCUAAGAGGGGAAAAGCUAAGAAAGUGGACUUGUAUAAUCCUCUAUCAAUGGUUCGCUGUGUCGCUCCUCGGAUUCGGCACGUACAUUUUCGUAUCCCAGCUGGCAGGCGACAUCUACACCAACUAUUUUAUCAUGAAUGGCAUUGGUUACAUCAGUUUACCAAUCACAUGGGUUCUCCUGAAGAGAGUGGGAAGAAGGCUGACACACGGGUGCUGUGCCAUCACUGCGGCUGUCAUACUGUUUAUCAUGCUGGCCAUUCAUAAGGAUUACCCAUUGACUACAACUACUAUGGCAAUAGUCGCUUUGGUAAUUGGUAACAUGAACUGGGGCUCUAUCUAUCUCGUUACUUCUGAGCUUUUCCCAACUCUUUUGAGGAACAUCGCCACUGGAGUAGGUUCUACGAGCGCUCGCGUUGGAGCCAUCAUAGCUCCGUACAUCGGAAUGACCGCACAGUUUCCAGGUCUCUCACUGGCUCUCCCGGUCACAAUAUUUGGCGCGGUCGCUCUGCUGAACGGUGCGCUCUCCUAUUGGCUGCCAGAGACGCUGUUUGCCAAAAUGCACCAGACGAUCGAAGAGGCCGAGGCCGCUAAAGAUUAUUAUGGGAUACCUUGCUGCGGUAGGAAACCGCUGAUUGAAGAAGAGGACACAAAGGAACCCAUAGAACAGAAGCUUACCCAUCAACUCUAAUUCUUUCAUCAAUCCUUUUUCAAAGUUGUAUACAACUUGUUACUGGCUAAUUACUUAAGUUCUUUUUGGGAUUCCUAUGUUUGCCGUGUGGGGAGAGGAUCUGGGGAGAUCCAGCCCAGAGGCCUUUUAACCACAGCUAACCCAAAUCUUCCCAGGAAACCUAAAAAAGACAGGGAGAAGGGGACUAAGACUGGAGUGCUUGGUGUGGGGUACAAUGCUUUACUUGCUAAACCAAACAGUUUUGUCUUACUAUGCUUUACUUGCUAAACCAAACAGUUUUGUCUUACUAUGCUUUACUUGCUAAACCAAACAGUUUUGUCUUACUAUGCUUUCUUUUUCGCGAUAUUUUUAUGCAUUUUAAUGUUCCUUUUCACAGUUCUUGAUCCCCUUAGACAGAUUAGGGAGGAUCGGAUGGGGAUCCAGGACACCGUUGUCGAGUUAUCCUCCCCUUUCUUUGCGGCCAGCCUAGUAUGGUACUAUGGUUGAGGUGGAGUAUGGUCCUUGUGGAUCCGUCCUUGUAAAGAGGCAUUUUGUUUUUACCCCAUAACGCUCCAUCGGGUAUUUAUAUUUUCUUUUACCCGAUAACGCUUUAUCUGGUAUUUAUAUUUUCUUUUACCCGAUAACCUGAUAACGCUUUACCGGGUAUUUAUAUUUUAAAUAACUUUACCCGAUGAAAUGUUACCGGGUAUUAUGCUUUUAAUCUACUCCAGAUUCAUCGGGUAUUAAUAACCUUUACCAGAUAUCUUUUAUUUAUACCUGGUGGCCCUAAAGCUCAAUUGAUCCGAUAGAUCUAGAUAUUUCAGGAAAACAUAUUUCAGAUUUUUUUAAAAUUGAUGUAUAAACGACCUAUAUACAAUAUUUGCAUGGUUAUCAAUACUUAAGAUUUAAAAACAAUACAUUUUUGGCUCACUAGAAAAA